UACCGGGCCGGCCGCUCAGCUGUUCUCUCCUGCAGGGCCUUACCUGUUCCUCGCUCCAGCGCUGUACAGUCUUCCCGCGCUGGCUUCUUCUCUGGUCAUCCCCUGCACUGUGUCCGCAGUCUCUGGUCAUCCCCUGCACUGUGUCCGCAGUCUCUGGUCAUCCCCUGCACUGUGUCCGCAGUCUCUGGUCAUCCCCUGCACUGUGCCCGCAGUCUCUGGUCAUCCCCUGCACUGUGUCCGCAGUCUCUGGUCAUCCCCUGCACUGUGUCCGCAGUCUCUGGUCAUCUCCUGCACUGUGGUCCGCAGUCUGUGGUCAUCCCCUGCACUGUGUCCGCAGUCUCUGGUCAUCCCCUGCACUGUGUCCGCAGUCCCUGGUCAUCCCCUGCACUGUGUCCGCAGUCUCUGGUCAUCCCCUGCACUGUGUCCGCAGUCUCUGGUCAUCCCCUGCACUUUGUGCGCAGUGUCUGGUCAUCCCCUGCACUGUGUCCGCAGUCUCUGGUCAUCCCCUGCACUGUGUCCGCAGUCUCUGGUCAUCCCCUG